ACUCGAGGCCAUAGACAAAACAUCCUCUUCCUCCUAAACUCUAGCAUCUUUUCUUGGAGGCAGGGUCUCACUCAGUAUGUAGCCCUGGCUGACCUGGAACUCGCUAUGUAAACCAGGCUGUCCUUGAAAUUGCAAAGAUCUCCGUCCUUCUGCCUUCUCCUGGGACUAAAGGUAUGCGCUACUACGCCCGACUCUAUAGGAAUCUAAAUGUCCACAGUGAAAGCUCAUGAUUGGUAAACAAAAGGAGGCAGCUGCUCGCCGCUAUUCAUCCAACAAUUACUGAGCAAUGAAGCCAUCAGCCAGUCACUGAAGAAGAAAAGAGGAAACAACUCACUAGCAUCUGUAGAGAUGUAAUAUUUCCAAAUAAUCCACUAUCUCGUGAAAUCGGAUAAAUGGGUAUUCCAUCUAGGCGAUUGAUUACACCAGCUUGCGAGGCCCCCUGGAGGCUACUGGUGGAAGUAGGAACGAGCGUCGGGUUACCAUAGCGGAGGAGCCCUAGAAACCCUGGAGGCUUCCGUAGGCGGUGGCAGGUCACGUGUUCAAUCCUUGCACCGGGUGACUUUCUCCGGUAGGGCUCCGGUGUCACAUGACCUGCUCUUGGGCAACAUGGCGGCAGUUGUGUUGCUGAGCUUGGACUGAGCAACAGCGAGUGUGGCGCGCUCCUUCCCGGGCUUUGGAGUGCGUCAGCGUGAGAAGAGGGACUGGGUCCUGGUCUUCCUGCUCCUGUCCCAGCGUCACCUGCACCUCCUGUGUGCUCUCCUCUGUCGGAACCAGAGGGAAUGACGAAGCCCAGGGCUUUUCGCAGUGGUGCACUGUGCAUCGGACCACGCUCCUAGGCGAUAGUGGGCAAGUCUUCUCGCAGUCCUCUCUCCAACCUCCUUCCGUCGGAGGUAGGACCGAAGCGUGGGCGGUUGCGAUUCCCCAGGGACCAUGGCCGGGUCCGACACGGCGCCCUUCCUCAGCCAAGCAGAUGAUCCUGAUGACGGGCCAGCGCCCGGCCAUCCGGGGUUGCCAGGACCCAUGGGGAAUCCAAAGUCCGGGGAACUCGAGGUCCCAGACUGUGAGGGGCUACAGCGCAUCACUGGCUUAUCUCGGGGCCAUUCGACCCUCAUAGUGGUGGUUCUGUGCUACAUUAACCUCCUGAACUACAUGGACCGCUUCACCGUGGCAGGGGUUCUUACAGACAUCGAGCAGUUCUUUAACAUCGGAGAUGGUAGUACUGGCCUCAUCCAGACUGUGUUCAUCUCCAGUUACAUGGUGUUGGCACCAGUGUUUGGCUACCUGGGUGACAGGUACAAUCGAAAGUACCUCAUGUGCGGGGGCAUUGCCUUCUGGUCCCUGGUGACACUGGGAUCAUCCUUCAUCCCCAGAGAGAUGAGGAAAGUGAGGCUCAGAGAGGUUAAGCUAUUUUCUCAAAGUCACAGCUAGUAAAUGGAGCCAGGAUUCCAGCCAGGUCUGUGUGACUCCAAACCCAGGCCUCCCUCACUGCCUCUGCCGUUUCUCCAGCACUAGCUGGAGAGGUCUCCUGGGAGGCUGGCUCCAGGGUGGGGUGCCACCUCCCCCCAUGUCUCCUUCCCUAGCAUUUCUGGCUGCUUCUCCUGACCCGGGGCCUGGUGGGGGUCGGGGAGGCCAGUUACUCCACCAUUGCGCCCACCCUGAUCGCCGACCUCUUCGUGGCAGACCAGCGGAGUCGGAUGCUCAGUAUCUUCUACUUUGCCAUCCCUGUGGGCAGUGGUCUAGGUUACAUUGCUGGCUCCAAAGUGAAAGACGUGGCUGGAGACUGGCACUGGGCUCUACGGGUGACACCAGGUCUAGGAGUGCUGGCUGUCCUGCUGCUGUUCCUGGUGGUCCAGGAGCCCCCAAGAGGAGCCGUGGAGCGCCACUCAGGUUCACCACCCCUGAGCCCCACCUCUUGGUGGGCAGAUCUGAAGGCACUGGCACGAAAUCCUAGUUUCGUCCUGUCUUCCCUUGGCUUCACCUCUGUGGCCUUUGUCACGGGCUCCCUGGCUCUCUGGGCCCCAGCGUUCCUGCUGCGCUCCCGGGUUGUUCUGGGAGAGACUCCGCCCUGUCUCCCUGGAGAUUCAUGCUCUUCCUCUGACAGUCUCAUCUUUGGACUCAUCACUUGCCUGACUGGAGUCCUGGGUGUGGGCCUGGGAGUGGAGAUCAGCCGCCGCCUUCGCCGCUUCAACCCUCGGGCUGACCCACUCGUCUGUGCAGCUGGCCUCCUGGGUUCGGCGCCUUUCCUCUUCCUGGCCCUGGCCUGUGCCCGAGGUAGCAUCGUGGCCACCUAUAUUUUUAUCUUUAUUGGGGAGACCCUGUUGUCCAUGAACUGGGCCAUUGUGGCUGACAUCCUGUUGUACGUGGUGAUCCCAACUCGACGGUCCACGGCUGAGGCCUUCCAGAUAGUGCUGUCCCACUUGCUAGGAGAUGCAGGGAGCCCUUACCUCAUUGGUCUAAUCUCUGACCGCCUCCGACGGAGCUGGCCCCCUUCCUUCCUGUCCGAGUUCCGGGCUCUGCAGUUCUCGCUCAUGCUCUGUGCUUUCGUUGGGGCACUGGGUGGUGCGGCCUUCCUGGGCACCGCCAUGUUCAUUGAAGAUGACCGCCGGCGGGCUCAACUCCACGUGCAGGGUCUGUUGCAUGAGUCUGGGCCCUCAGAUGACCGGAUUGUAGUACCUCAGCGAGGCCGUUCUACCCGAGUCCCCGUGUCCAGCGUGCUCAUCUGAGGAGCCGGUGCUUACCCGGCCACUGAUGCAUCGCAGCUGGGCCUUGGGCCCACCCAAGACGGUUCCCAGGCAGAAGCCCUCACCAGGCCCAGGUCCAAGAAGGAAGCCCUGGGAUAUCUCCCAGCUCCCAGACACUACAUGGGCAGCCCAGGGAAGAGAUGGGAGUCCAGAAACGGGGAAGGGGUGUCCUCUCUACUAGGACAGCCCAAGGGGUUUGGUGCUAUUUGUAAUGGAAUAAAAUUUGUAAUCAGA